AAAUUAUAUUGCUGUAGUGCAUUCUGGUGAGAAAAGAUAAAUAUUGUAAAGCUAUAGAAAAGCAAAGUGUGAAUAAGCACAAGAAAGGAGGAUCUACGAAGCGUUAGAAAGCCAUACAAGUCACAAGAAGAAGAAGACGCGCCGCUCUCGCACGAGGGUGGGCGGCGCGGCGUAAACAAACACUGAACCACCGCGGCCUGUACUGUGUGGCGCCUUGUGGCGAUGGUGAAGAGGAGGCCCUGGUGCUCGGACUCCGAGGCUGCCUUGCUGGAGCUGGCGAGGCGUGAGGCAUUCCUGUGGGACCCCAGGGACCCACAAUACCGCAAAAGAAAGGUGCGGCAGAGAGCCUUCGAGGCCAUCGCGGGAGAACUGAGGGCGAGACACCCCGAGCUAGCCGACCUGAAUGGAGCACGUGUUCGAGUAAAACUCAUGAAUCUGCGGAGAUACUUCCUGAAUAUAUGUUACAAGGGAAUUAAAAAGGCUGAUGGUGGUUCUGAGGGACAUACCUUGGAAAAGUGGUACCUGCCCAAUAGUGUCAGAUUCCUUAUAGAUCCACUGAUGGAGCGGACACCAACAGAGUCCAGCUGUGUAUUGCCUCCCAUGCAGACAAGUAUGAUAUUAUCUUUGGGAGAUGACGGCUACACCACAGAACGUGCACCAGAUCCUGCCGUGAUCACUUCUGGCAAAACAUUACAGUUACCUUCAUCAGAUAUCCAGCCCUGUCUUAUGUCUCGUGGUAGCUGCAGUCUAUUGCCUGCUAAGUCUGGUGGUCUUUCACGUCCAAUGCCCAGUGCUCAACUAUCUUUCGGGCCCAGCAAUUGUCCAUCCUCAGCUGCCAAGUGUCUUCUAUUGGAAGAAAUUUCCCAGAAAAGAAAAGCAUCCCCAAAACUCCAUCAUAGUGUAAAAGCAGAGAGAGAUGAACACCAUGUUGAUGAUGUUAAUGAUGACACUCAUUUAGCUAUAAAAACAGAUGUAAUUAAGUUUGCUAAUUCUUUAGGGAAGAUGGUUAAAGAGGCAGCUGAAAAGAUGCCGCUUAAUACUCAACUUCAGUUCGUGCAGAAAAUGCUAGCAAUUGUUGGAGAUAUAAAUCAUGCUAUUGCUGCAGGGGAGUAUCUAACUCAGGAAAGCUAAUCCUAAGAAAGUAAAUAGUGAAAAUAUAAAUGUUUCAUAUCAGUGUUGAAGCAUUUUCAUUGUUUUUUUAAAUAAUUUUAUCUGUUAUCAUUGUCAUUGAUUCUCUUUUCCCAUUAUCACGGAAGUAGUUCACUUUACACUACAUGCAUUGAGUAAAAGAAUGCACAUACAGUGAUUAGGCAAAUCAAAGGUUCCCAGUUUUCUGUUUUAUGAACAAAAAUGAAAUUGUGGUCAAG